GACAUUUUGCAAAAGCCUAACAACAUCCAUCGCUUGUAGCGGCGCCUUCAACAUCUUUCACUGCUUGUGGACAAUUAGAAAGGACUGAGUGAAGGAGCUAGUCCACGAUGAAGCUGACAGUAGCGGCGGCUCUGUGUGGUCUUGCCGUGCUGUACCUGUACGUGCCGGACCAGACCUCGGGCCUCCUGGCAAGCCGGCGCCGAUACACAGACACCAGCCGGCGGAGGACUAUACUGACGACCCGGCGACGCACCUACAGAUCCGGCGGUUUCUACCCCGGCUGUUUACAGCAGUACAUCUGUACCCGGAAGUACAUGGACAAUAACACCCUCUACAGUAUGGACUACACUACCCCUCCGGUGACAGCCAUUGAGGUGAACUUGUGUCGCGCGGGUGGAACCACGUGCUCGUACAAAAAGAACUGCCGCCCGAGGUACCUCACAGACGGCAAGACUCUCACCACUAACUUGGACGCCUGGACUGCCACCCAUUGGGGGAACGGUGUAACCACAGAACCAAGGCCCGAGUCCGUGCAAGUGUGCGACAGCGCUCCUGGCGGAAUGUCUCAGAAAGGCACUGUCAUGACAAUUGUCAUCAGCGUCACCCUGGGUCUGGUAACAGGCCUCUGCUUCUUUUAAUACCCCGAUAGAGUGACGUAACCAUUAUUUAUGAAAUACGUACACUGGAAGCCAGGGCCGACAGAGAAUUUGUUUGGCAGCCAAGGCAAGUCUUCCCGAGGAGUUUAGAUAAACAUUCUGGGGAUUUGCCAUGCAGGGAUAGAGUUGCCGCCCCAUAGCUACAUGACUCCUCCCCGGAGUGCUUAUCUAAGUUCCCCGGAAAGAACUGCCUUGGCUGCCAAACACAUUCUCUGACGGCCCUGGCUUAUGUCUGGUUUCCAGGGUAUAAAACACUAUGUCAGUUACAAUUACUACUAGUAUUUACAUACAGUCUUAAGAGUAUCAUGUAUUUUCUAACUAUUUAUGUAGGUAAUGAAGUUUUUAGAGAACAUCUAUUUAGCAUGUUAGGUACUUUUUCUGGUUACAUCAAGGACAUCAUCCCAUAUAAUGCCUUCGGCUAUAUGAAGUGCCAUAAUUACAUUUUGUCUUACUUUUUUUAAGGAGGUAACGUCCACGUGGAUGUUACAGUAAAAUGUGACAGGGCCCGAGGAGUCCAUAUAUUAUGGGACGUAAGAAAUGUUUCGGAUUUUAGAGAAGUGACUUCCAUGAAUAUCGUUAUUGAAAUGUUGUACCGGAGUGCAGGAAUUCGAUAUUUCAUUUCGUGAAUAAAG